AUGAACGCCGUCAUAUUAUUGUCUACACUCCUUAUUGUGUAUUUCAAGUUUGCAAAGAGUGCCAUAAGUAAUGAAGGCAGUGGUAAUUCCGAAUAUGAUGAUGAAUCUAUCUGGUCCAAUGUUGAUGAUAAAAUCAUUGAGGCGUUCAAUAUUACUCGAGAAGAAAUUCUUUCAUCUUAUUCGACUUGUAACGCGUCUUUAUCACAAAUCACCGAAAUACAACGAGAAAUUAUAUUAACCACCCAUAACGAAUUGCGAAGGUCUUUGGCUUUUGGUAGACAAAGGAACAAGCGUGGUUUUAUGAACAGCGCGCGAAAUAUGUACAAACUGGAUUGGGACUGUGAACUUGAAGAAAUGGCUGCAAAUUGGUCGUUAACGUGUCCAAAUGCGUUCAUGCCUCAAAAUAUGCUAGGAUCAAACGCGCAGUUAUUCAAACAAUUUUGGUUUUAUUUUGAUGGUCAUGAUUCCUUAACUCAUAUCAAGAGUGCUAUGAAGUCUUGGUGGAAACAAGGGCAAGAUCAUGGUAACCUGGAUCCAAAAAAUAGAUUUUAUGCGAAGAACAAUUACUUUGGAUGGGCAAAUAUGGCAAAAGGAAAAACUUUUCGAAUUGGAUGUGCUUAUUCAAAAUGCCCGAACAACAUUUCAGCAAUGUUUGUAUGUCUUUACAAUGAAAAGGCCCAAUGUGAACGUGAAAUGAUAUACGAAAAUGGAAAACCAUGCUGUAACGAUUCGGAUUGCUUCACGUAUCCGUGCUCAAAAUGCCUUUUACCUGAAGGAUUGUGUCAGGCGCCAUACAUUCCCGAAGAUCCUGGCAAUAGCACCUGGUGCAAUAAUAGUCAAAUGACAGAUUUAACCCGAAAAUGGACACUAGAACAACAUAACUUUUACAGGUCACGACUUGCGCGUGGUCUUGAAUGGAAUGGCGAGACGAAUUCAACUCAACCAAAAGCAAGGAAUAUGUUAAAACUUGAAUACGAUUGUAAAUUGGAGGAAUACGCACAAGCACACGCGAAUAAGUGCGUUUUUGGACAUUCAAGCAGCCAUGAGAGACCAAAUCAAGGACAGAAUUUGUACAUGAGUUCCUUUUUGGACCCUGAUCCAAGGAGCCUUAUGCAUACAGCUGUGGAAAAGUGGUGGCAAGAGCUUGAAGAAUUCGGAACACCUCCACAUAACGUACUUACUUCUGAAUUAUGGGAACAGAAGGGAAGAGACAUCGGGCAUUAUACACAGAUGGCUUGGGCAAAGACAUAUCGAGUUGGAUGUGGAAUUGCUGACUGCCCCCAUAUGUCUUACGUAGUUUGCCACUACGGGCCAGCUGGAAAUCGCAAGAACAACCGAAUAUAUGACUACGGUGAACCUUGUCGAAGUGAUGCGGAUUGUCCAGGAAAAACACUCUGUGAUUUAACAACUUCAUUAUGCAUGAUCUCAAAAUAA